UUUUUUUUAGACCUUUUAUCAGCAAAAGCAAAGCAAAGCAGAGCUCCGGAUUUGCAGGAAGCAGCAUAGUAAAGGGUACGAUCUGCAGUGACAGUUCCUUCACUUCACCUUUUAUGGUAUGAUCCAUUACAAAGCACACUGCAGUUUGAUACCAACAGCAUGAGCAUGUCCCAUCACACUCUACAAAGUAUGGCCCUAUGCUUUGGACACUUGCAAUCUUUUGUUUUGGACUGCACUUGUUCGACAAAAAUGGCCAUAGAAUAGAACAACUGAUCACCAACACCUACAUCUCCAUCUCCUCCUACUCUGUCUCCCUCCCUCUCUCUCUUUCCUUUCCCUUCAUGGAAAAGCUCGUCCACCAGCACCAGCAGCAGCAGCAACUCUCCUUGGAUAAGUGUUCCAGGCAGCGAUACAAUGAAUGGAUUUUCCGGGAUGUCCCAAGUGAUAUCACAAUAGAAGUGAGUGGAGGGACAUUCGCAUUACAUAAGUUCCCACUUGUGUCUCGCAGUGGACGAAUCCGAAAGUUGGUUGCAGAACAUAGGGAUGCUGAUAUCUCAAGGGUGGAGCUUCUUAAUCUACCAGGAGGAGCAGAGUCAUUUGAGUUGGCUGCAAAAUUCUGUUAUGGCAUUAACUUUGAAAUUACAUCAGCAAACGUUGCUCAGCUGUGUUGUGUUUCUGAUUACCUUGAAAUGACAGAAGAGUUCUCAAAAGACAAUCUUGGUUCUCGUGCUGAAGAAUAUCUAGAGAGUGUUGUUUGCAAGAACCUUGAAAUGUGUGUUGAAGUAUUGCAACAAUGUGAGAAUCUACUUCCUCUUGCUGAUGAGCUGAAAAUAGUCAGCCGUUGCAUAGAUGCAAUAGCUUCAAAAGCUUGUGCUGAGCAAAUUGCCUCAAGCUUCUCACGCUUGGAGUAUAGCAGUUCAGGGAGACUUCACACCAACAAACAAGCCAAAUGUGAAGGGGACUGGUGGAUAGAAGAUCUCUCAGUUCUCAGGAUUGACCUGUACCAAAGAGUCAUGACAGCUAUGAAGUGUCGUGGGGUCCGGCCUGAGAGCAUUGGAGCAUCGCUUGUGAACUAUGCUCAGAAGGAACUGACAAAGAAAUCUAUUUUAUGGAAUCCAUCUAGCCAGGCAAAAGUCGAUCUGAUUUCAACAGAGAAUGAAAAACUUGUGGUUGAGACAAUUGUCAACCUUCUGCCAGUUGAGAAAUUUACAGUUCCAAUCAGUUUUCUCUUUGGUCUUUUGCGAAGUGCAGUGAUGCUUGAUUGCACAAUUGCUUGUAGACUUGAUCUAGAGAGACGAAUUGGUUCCCAGUUGGAUAUUGCAACUCUUGAUGAUCUUCUGAUUCCAUCCUUCAGACAUGCAGCUGAUACUUUAUUUGAUGCAGACACAGUUCAUAGGAUCUUGGUAAACUUCUCACAGCAAGAUGACAGUGAAGAUGAUAUGGAAGAUGCUUCUGUUUUUGAAACAGGGAGUCCUCAUUCACCAUCUCAAACUGCUUUGUUCAAGGUGGCAAAACUAGUGGACAAUUAUCUCGCUGAAAUUGCUCCUGAUGCAAACCUCAAGCUUUCCAAGUUCAUGGUCAUUGCAGAAACUUUACCAGAACAUGCAAGAACCAUACAUGAUGGAUUAUAUCGAGCAAUUGAUAUUUACCUUAAAGCUCAUCAGGGCUUACCAGAUUCUGACAGGAAGAAGCUCUGUAAACUGAUUGAUUUCCAAAAGCUAUCACAAGAAGCUGGUGCACAUGCUGCACAAAAUGAACGCCUGCCCCUCCAAGCUAUUGUUCAAGUGCUUUAUUUUGAGCAAAUAAGACUCAGAAAUGCAUUGUGCUGCUCUUAUGGUGAUGAAGACCACAAACCAAUGCACCAGUCAUGGAGGAUCAGCAGUGGUGCAUUAAGUGCAGCAAUGUCUCCGCGAGACAACUAUGCAUCACUUAGGCGAGAAAACCGAGAGUUGAAACUCGAGUUAGCUCGUUUACGGAUGAGAUUAAACGAUCUAGAGAAAGAACAUGUUUGUAUGAAGAGAGAUAUGCAAAGGUCUCAUUCUCGAAAAUUCAUGAGUUCUUUCUCAAAGAAAAUUGGUAAGCUGAACUUCUUUGGGCAGAGUUCUUCUAGGGGAUCAAGUUCUCCCUCAAGGUAUUCUCAGAGAACUGAUUCUAGAGUGAUAGAAAGAACAUGUGCCAGCACUGAUUAGGUAAUUCAAGUUACAUGGAUUCUUUUUCUGUAUUGGUUGAGUAACUGUGAGCCAUGCUCUUGUUAACCUAUUUACUAUUAUAAAUGUUACUGUUGGCAUCCUUGUAUAUGAUUUAUGAUGUUUUUCAUUAGCAAGAACAGAGGCUCAUGUUAGAAAGUGAUGCUCUUUGGAGAAUACUACACUGAUAUCAUUUGAAAUGCAGUAUUUCAAAACUUCCAAAUCUCACUACUGAGUUUUAUAAA